CGCACAGUAACUUCCAUGAGUCUUGCUUUUCUCCACGCGCAUGAUGGUGCAGAACCGCACUCGGACGCAGUUUGGGCUGUGAACUGGACAAACGCGGACACUGUACUGAGCAUCUCCGCCGAUGGUGUAAUCAAGCAAUGGGACUCGAUCUCUGGCCAAGUCUCGCGUUCACGGCCACCCCACACUCUCGGCCUCGUCUCGCUCAGCGUGGACCCAACCGGAAAGCUCGCCCUGUACAACACGCUUGAAGGUCUAACGUGCUUAUGGGAUCUUGAGGAUGGGGAACUGAAGGGAUCGUUCGAGAGCUAUGCCAGGGGUCCAGGAGCGGAGACGACAGAGCCAUCAUGGUCCGUGUCAUUGAACCCACGAGGCGGAACGUAUGCCUCCACAGGCGGUUCCGGAAAUGUCACCAUCCACUCCGCAGAACCUGGAUCGUUUGGAGAACGACGUGCGACGCUCACAAGUGGACGCAGCAAGUUUGGAAUGCACUGCAAAUAUAGCCCAGAUGGGUCGCGAGUAGCCAUGUCCUCCGAAGCAGGACAGAUAUUCGUGUUCGACGUCGCAUCGAGUUCAAUCCAAGCUGCAUACAGCUCGCAUGCUAUGGCCGUCCGGUCUUUUGCCUGGUCGGCAGACUCAACUCUGCUCCUCUCUGCGUCGGAAGACAAACGCCUAAUUCUGCACGACGUUCGCGUAUCGUCUUCUGGCAAGCCUGGUUCCGGAGCCGUCGCUACGCUCAGUGGUCAUUCUUCUUGGGUCCUCAGCACGGACAUCUCUCCUGAUAACAAGCUUGCCGUGUCUGGCUCCGCGGACAAGACCACAAAAGUCUGGGACAUCGGCGCAAGAGCGGCAGUCUCCACUGUGCAGGAGCAGGGUGAGGUGUGGUCCGUUUCGUGGAGACCAAAGCCGCCCGCCCACGGCACAGCAGGCGCAUAUGUAACUGGUGGAGAGGAUGGAGUUGUAAGAUGGUGGAGGAGUGCUGGAGCAGGUUGACACCGGAUAACGUCGAAGUCUUGGACUGAGUGUAC